AUGCAGCAACCACAAUGGGCAGAUCCUAGCAUUUCUUCCAUGCCAGGAGGAAUGAUGAGCGGCACGAUGGGUUCUACCGAUCCUAGCAUGGGCAUGGGUGCCGGCGGUCACCAAGAGGCAUUGUUCCAACCCUACAGUACUCUGGACGAACCUGUGAUGGAAACCAUUAUGCGCGAUGUCCAGUCCGUCGUUAGCAAACUCAAGGUCGUCAUGUUACCUCUCGAUCGAGCGCCCGACUUUGUGGCAGGGUACUCUGGUAUUUCCCAGUCGGAAGACGGAGGAAUGGAAAAUGGCCAAGGAGAGGACAUGAGCGAGAAUGACCGCAAAGUAAUACAGUCACUCAAGGAUUGGGAUCUUUGGGGACCCCUGAUUGUCUGUUUGAUCCUGGCCGUCCUAUUGAGCUUCAAGGCGCCGACCAAUCAAGCCAGUUUGGUCUUUGCGUCCGUCUUUAUCACUGUCUGGUGCGGAUCCGCCGUCGUUACCGUCAAUGCACAACUCUUGGGUGGAAACAUUUCCUUUUUUCAAUCCGUCUGCGUUCUGGGAUAUUGCAUCUUUCCGCUCACGCUGGCAGCCUUUGUCAUUGAUAUCCUCAAAUUGACCUGGUUUUCCUGGGAGUGGCUCGAUAUGGUCUUUUUGGCGGCCGCAUUUCUUUGGGCCACGCGAGCAUCGUCCGUCUUUAUUGGGCUCUAUGUCAAGAGAGAACGAAGGUUCCUUGCUGUAUUUCCCGUACUCUUCUUUUAUACCUUUGUGGCGUGGAUCAUCUUGUUGUUUUAA